UUUCGCUAUUGUGCUGCUGCCGGACUAAGUUUCUUGGUAACGGGAGUCCAUAAUGCAGAUUUUCGUUAAGACCCUAACGGGCAAGACCAUCACCCUUGAGGUCGAACCUUCGGAUACAAUCGAAAAUGUCAAAGCCAAGAUUCAGGACAAAGAGGGAAUUCCUCCAGAUCAACAACGUCUGAUCUUUGCUGGCAAACAAUUGGAAGAUGGUCGCACUCUGUCCGACUACAACAUUCAAAAAGAGUCUACAUUGCACUUGGUGCUCCGCCUCCGUGGUGGUGCCAAGAAGCGCAAGAAGAAGAACUACUCUACUCCCAAGAAAAUCAAACACAAGAGGAAGAAGGUCAAGCUAGCUGUUCUUAAAUACUACAAGGUUGACGAGAAUGGAAAAAUCCAUCGUCUCCGUCGUGAGUGCCCAGGUGAGAAUUGUGGUGCCGGAGUGUUUAUGGCUGCCCACGAGGAUCGGCAUUAUUGCGGAAAAUGCAAUUUGACUUUUGUCUUCAGCAAGCCUGAGGAAAAGUAGGGCAUUUUAAAAUGUUCAAUCUUAAAUAAAAGAUAUACAUUUUUGAAUUAAAAUAA